AUGCCUAAAUGCACUCUGGGAUCAGUCCUAGCAACUGAUUUCCAAGGCUUGACAAAAGCUGCACUGAACAUAGCAUCAUCGAAGGGCACUGGCAUACUGAAGUUUACAGCCGAUUUGAUCAAGAAAAGUUCAGACCCAGUGGUUAAGUCAGUCCUGACAGAUUGCUCCGAGGAUUACGGUAAUGCAUUGGAUGAAAUUAAGGACUCAUUUCGUGCUACUGAGACGAAAUCUUAUGGUGAUAAAACAUGGGUUAGUGCUACGAUGACUUAUUCUGAAUUCUACGUGGAUGGAUUGAAGGAAAAAUCUGAAGUUAAAUCUCCAUUGAUUACUAUCAAUACAGAAUUUAACCAGCUUUGUAGUAUUAUCUUAACAUUUAAAAACCUCUUGUGA